CUUGUCCACACCCGCCUUUGAUCAGUUAAUGUCAUGAUCCUCGGUCCUCUCUCACAGCCUAAUGAGUCCAAGGCUCUUCAACCUAAAUAUCAAGAAAAUAUAAUCUGCAAAUUGGUCGACAAACCGACCAAAGCUUGGAGCUUCUCUUGCUAUAACGAGCAGAAAUGGCAAUUUCUCUGCGACUCAAUCCACUCACCACACACUUCAAGACCCACCAGAGGUUUCUUCUGCAUAAACCCAUCAGCUCCACCGUUUCACUAAUAACAGAUCCUUCAAAGCCGCGCAUAUUCACCGUCAAGUCUGUUAAUGACAGCUCCCAUCACCCGCCCGUGACUCCAGAAAAACCCAGAUGGGAGAGUUUCCUCUCCAAUGCCGCGAGUCUCUACCCGGUCUAUGUGACUGUUGGAGGGAUUGUUGCAUGCCUCAGACCCUCCACUUUUUCGUGGUUUGUGAAGUGUGGGCCCACUUCCUAUACCCUCACUCUGGGAUUUAUUAUGCUGGUUAUGGGGCUCACAUUGGAGCUCAAAGAUUUGGUGAAUUUGUUCUUGCAAAGACCUAUUUCUAUCCUUUUUGGAUGUGCUGCUCAGUACACAAUUAUGCCAGGAUUUGGAUUCAUAAUUAGUAAAGCUCUUGGGCUCUCUCCUUCUAUUUCAGUUGGCCUAAUACUGCUUUCUUGUUGCCCAGGAGGCACUGCUUCCAAUGUGGUGACCUUAAUCGCCCAAGGAGAUGUACCAUUGUCUGUAGUGAUGACAGUAUGUACCACGCUUAGUGCAGUGAUUCUUACCCCGCUCUUGACUAAGAUUCUGGCGGGGACUUGUGUUCCUGUGGAUGCUAUUGGGCUUUCUAUCAGCACACUGCAGGUGGUUGUAGCUCCAAUUCUCGUAGGCUCAUAUGUGAAGAGUAAUUUUCCAAAGUCUGUGAGAGGUGUAACGCCUUUUGCUCCCCUGCUAGCAGUUUUAGCCUCUGCACUUCUUGCUUGCAGUGUAUUCUCAGAAAACGUUGUCCGCAUGCAAUCUUCGGUGCUUGAUGUGUCAUUGUCAUCCGAUUUAUCUCCACUUCACCUUACUAAAGCAGUACUCUCCAGUGACUUUGGGGUUGUCAUGCUUUCCGUACUGUUGCUGCAUUUUGCUGGAUUCUUUGUAGGGUAUCUCACUGCAGCUCUUGGUGGUUUCGGGGAACCACAAAGACGUGCAAUAUCAAUAGAGGUUGGAAUGCAAAAUUCUUCGUUGGGAGUAGUUUUGGCGACGGCCCAUUUCGCCUCGCCAUUGGUCGCGUUGCCUCCUGCAAUGUCGGCUGUGAUUAUGAACAUCAUGGGCAGCAGUCUGGGUUUCUUUUGGAGAUUCAUCAACCCCGCUAACUCAACAAAUACUUCUAAGGUUGCUGAAGAAUGAGAAAAAGACAUGUUCUCUAAUCCCAGACUGUCCUCCCAAUGAAAUUUCUAUGUCUAUAAUUCAUGUUCCACACUAAUCAAUCUAAAGAUGUGUAAGUCAUAAGUAAAAUCUUGUGCAGACUAUGUUAAAACAUGUACUAUGUAUUUGCAAAUAAAAGCAAUCAUUUCAUUUUUUUUUGAA